AUGCCUCCCAAGAAAGCUUCCACCGGCGCAGCCAAGAAGACUGGCUCGACUCAUGCUUCCUACCGUGAUAUGAUCAAGGAUGCUAUCCUGAAUCUGAAAGAGCGCAAUGGCAGCAGUCGCCAGUCCAUUAAGAAAUAUGUUUUGGCAAACAACAAGAUUGCACCUGCAUCUACCAACGCCUUCGAUAGCCAGUUCAACAAGGCUAUUAAGGCAGGUGUUGAGAAGGGUGAAUUCACCCAACCCAAGGGUCCUUCUGGACCCGUGAAGCUCGCCAAGAAGGAAGCUGCUCCUAAGCCUGCUGCUAAGAAGAGCACCACCACAGCUAAGCCGAAGAAGGCUACUGCCACCACUACUAAGAAGGCUGAGAAGGCCGAAAAGGCCGAAAAGGCCGAGAAGCCUAAGACGACCACCAAGAAGACUGGCACUACUGCUACCAAGAAGAGUGUCGGCAGACCUAAGGCGAACACCGCUAAGCCUCGCAAGGCGUCCACUGCUGCUCCUGCCGUUGUCGACCAACCCAAGGUCAUCGGCAAGACGAAGUCCGGUCGUGUGACCAAGACAACGGCUAAGCCUGCUGAAAAGGCGACCAAGAAGUCUACUAAGAAGGCUUAA